GCUCUCUUCACCUCUCUCUUGAAUAUGUAAUAAUAAUCAAACAGACAUUAACAUGCUUCUUUAACACAUUCUUCUUACAAGCUAUGCUUCUUCGUUGUAAGUGUAACUUACCCAUUUCUGGGUUUCUUCUCUUCUGUUUCUUCUUCACCAUUGUUGCUUCUUCUUCCUUAAACCACACCAAACACGUGUUUCAUUACAACCGUGACGUUUCUGCUUUGUUACGUUUCAAAUCCAAAGCUGAUUUAUGGAACAAGAUAAACACGAGCUCUCACUUUUGUCAAUGGUGGGGUGUUACGUGUUAUGGAAACAGAGUUGUUCGUUUGGUUAUUGAAGAUCUUUAUCUCGGAGGUUGUCUCGUUCCUGACUCAGUUAAUAAACUUGACCAGCUUCGAGUUCUCAGUCUCAAAAACACUUCCUUAACCGGACCUUUACCAGAUUUCUCCGCUUUGGUUAAUCUCAAAUCGUUAUUUCUCGAUCAUAACUCUUUUUCCGGUUCGUUUCCUCUCUCGGUUCUCGCGCUUCACCGGUUAAGAACUCUUGAUUUCUCCUUCAACAACCUCACCGGUCCAAUCCCACCCGGUUUAGUUCUCUCCGACCGGUUGAUUUAUCUCCGUCUCGAUUCAAACCGGUUUAAUGGUGCCGUACCUGCUCUAAACCAAUCCUCGCUUCAUACAUUCAAUGUUUCGGUUAACAACUUAACCGGUGCUGUACCGGUAACAACCGUGUUAUUACGGUUCGGCAUUUCUUCAUUUCUCAAAAACCCUAAUCUCUGCGGCGAGAUCGUUCACAAAGAAUGCAAUCCGAGACCCAAAUUCUUCACUCCGGUAACGGCGGCGCCACCACCGAAGAUGGUUCUCGGUCAAAUAGCGCAAAUCGGAGGAGCAAGAUUAUCCAGGCCAAAUCAAAACAAACAUUCACGAUUCUUUGUGAUUCUCGGUUUCAUCUCCGGCGCUUUUAUCCUAUUCAUCUCCGUCGCGUGCCUAAUCGGCGCAGUGAAGAGACGAAGAAGCAAAAACGAGAAACAAAAGGGGAAAGAAUCAACGGCGGUUGUCUCAUUUGACGCGGCGGAGACGGCGGAAGUAGCGGCGGCGAUAGAACAAGAGAGUGAGAUAGAAGAGAAAGUGAAGAAGCUACAAGCGACAAAAAGUGGGAGUUUAGUAUUCUGUGCGGGUGAGGCACACGUUUAUACGAUGGACCAACUAAUGACAGCAUCAGCUGAGUUAUUAGGUAGAGGAACAGUGGGGACCACUUAUAAGGCUUUGCUUGAUAGCCGUUUGAUCGUCACUGUGAAGAGAUUAGAUGCCAUUAGAUUAGCCGGUGUAGGGAGAGAUAAAUUUGAGCGUCACAUGGAAUCAGUUGGUGCUUUAGGGCAUCCGAAUUUGGUACCACUCAGAGCUUAUUUUCAGGCGAAGGAAGAGAGGUUAUUGAUUUAUGAUUAUUUGCCAAAUGGCAGUCUCUCGUCUCUUGUCCAUGGUACAAAAUCGUCGAGGGCAACGCCAUUGCAUUGGACAUCAUGCUUGAAGAUAGCAGAAGAUGUGGCUCAGGGUCUCUCUUACAUCCACCAAGCAUGGCAGCUUGUUCAUGGCAAUCUCAAAUCCUCCAAUGUCCUUCUUGGACCAGACUUUGAAGCUUGUAUCGCUGAUUACUGUCUCGUUGCUCUUGCAACAAACCCUCCUCUAACAUCGAAUGACGGUCAAGAAGACGCGGAUGCAGCAGCUUAUAAAGCCCCUGAAGCGCGACACAAGAGUUUAAAUUAUCAAUCUGUUAAAGCUGAUGUAUACUCCUUUGGGAUUCUUCUCUUGGAGCUUUUGACAGGGAAGCAACCUUCGAAGAUUCCGGUUUUACCGUUGGAUGAGAUGAUUGAAUGGGUGAGGAAAGUGAGAGAGGAAGGUGAGAAGAAGAACGGGAAUUGGCGAGAGGAUAGAGAUAAAUUCGGAAUGUUGACUGAAGUUGCGGUAGCUUGUAGCUUAACAUCGCCCGAACAGAGACCGACGAUGUGGCAAGUGUUGAAAAUGUUGCAGGAGAUUAAAGAAGCGGCUGUGAUGGAAGAGUGUGAACUUGUUAUGGAUUCUUCUAAUUCUGAAAGCUCUUAAUUAAGGACAGUAAUUUUAUUUUUUCUCAACUAAAUCUCUCUUCAUGGC